UGCAUUCUGCUGGGAAGGAAGUACAUGUAACUGAGCUCGAUAGUAAACUUAUAAUUAUUAUCAAUCCCUUUCCGAAAGACUUAGAGUGGUCUCCAGAUCAUGAACAAAUAGCUGAACAAACGAGAUAGUUACUGGGUAUUCAGAUACUACAUACUGCUGAGAAUGAGUGUCCUUGUAGUGUGUAUGAGCUGCCUGUGUCUAUGGCUGGGGAAGCUCAGUGUACUGGUGUCUGCAGACUAUGUGCUACAAGUGGAGGUGGUCUCCUACAGUAAUCCAUCCAACACACGCUCUGAUGGUCAAUGCUGUGAUUCACCACAGCCAUUCAAUGGUGUAGAACCAUGUAACUCUGGGGAGCGCUGUGACACCUACUUCACCUACUGUCUGAGGCCACGGUUCACUGAGGCUACUACUAUAGUGUGUCCCAAUACUGAGCCCGGAUUUAUUGCAAAUAGCACCAAUGUUGUCGAUGGGGCAACCAUUGAAUUCUCACAACCUACUGUACUAGGACUCCCUAAUCCGUUCAAUCUGACUGGAAUAUCGACAGCCUGGGAGGGAGCUCAGCUUUAUAUACAAGUGUUUGAUUUAGAUGGCAAUGGUGCAGAUGUUAUUGAAAGGCUUGGAAGUGAUGUGAGUUUAAAUAGUGAUGCUAUUCUCCCAGUUGGAAACACAGCAAGAGGCACAAUUAAUGGUAACAGGGCUGCUAUCAUUGUUAGGGCUACUGUGCUGUGUGCUCCAUUCUACAAUGGAAGCAGUUGUGAGAUACUCAAUCACUGUGAGUCCAAUGCUGUCACAUGCAGUGAACGAGGAACAUGUGUGAAUGGAUUUAAUGGUUCCACUUGCGACUGUAACCCUCCCUAUAUUGGUGAAAACUGUGAGAGUCAAGAUUUUUGCUUCAACACAAAUUGCAAUGAGAGAGGAACGUGUAAUAACGGCCUUGAUUCCUACACCUGCUCAUGUGAUCCUGGCUACACUGGUGCUGAUUGUGAGACCAACAUUGAUGAUUGUAUGAAUAGGAACUGCAGUGGAAAUGGUGUGUGUGUGGAUGGUGUCAACUCCUUCAGUUGUGAGUGUGUGUCUGGCUUCACUGGAGAGAUGUGCAGUGUGGAGACACAAGAGGCUAGAUCAGAUGAUGCAACAGCUGCUAUAGCUGGUGGAGUGGUGGGGGGAUUGGUUGGCGUUGUGCUGAUUGUAGUCAUAGUGAUUGUCAUAGUCGCAGUAAUUAUCCUCAAGAACAAACAAGAGUGGUCUAAAUACAACGUUAGUGGAGGAGGAACAGCUGACAAUGUCAAUAAUAUGGACAACCCAGUGUACGGUGUGUGUGAGACAGACACAGCUCAGCCUCAACCCAACACCCUCCCUACUGCCCCAUCCCCCUCCUCUCUACAAGAGCACGAGUUUGACAACCCCCUGUACGAUACGUCGGAGCCCCUCCCCCCAGUGUACAAAAGUGUGGAGGGGAGGGAUGAGAGACUCAUGAGUGGUAACUAUGCAACCGUUGCCGAGCAUGAUGAUGGACUGGGACAGACUAGUGAUAUCUAUGAUGAUGUCAACACAUGAGGCAAUGACUUUUAUUGUGUGCACAAUUCUUUUUAUUAGUGAGAGUAUAAUUAUUUUCUAUUACAACCCUCGGCUAUCAAUAAUUGAUUUGGAAUGUGA